AUGACUUUCACGAUCGGAGACCCAGUACCCACAUCUCGCCUGGACGGCAAGGUCGCCCUCGUCACGGGCUCUGGCCGCGGCAUCGGACGAGGCAUUGCAGUCGAGCUUGGAAAGAGAGGCGCCAAGGUCGUGAUCAACUACUCGAGGAGCGUCAAGCCCGCCAACGAGGCCGUGGCCGAGAUCACGGCCAGCGGCACCGAAGCCAUUGCCAUCAAGGCCAACAUCUCCAACCCGGACGAGAUCACGCAGCUCUUCGAACAUGCGAAGUCGCACUUUGGCAAAAUCGACAUCGUCGUGUCCAACUCCGGCAUGGAACACUUUGGGAGCAUCGACCAGAUCACGCCCGAAGCCUUCGACCAGGUGUUUGGCCUCAACACGCGGGGCCAGUUCUUCGUCGCCCAGAACGCCUACAAGUUCCUCAGCGAGGGGGGACGGCUGAUGAUGAUGUCCUCGAUCUCGGCCCACGUGGGUAUGAAAGAACAUGCGCUGUACUCGGGGAGUAAAGUGGCGGUGGAGGCUUUCGGCCGGUGCUUGACCAAGGAAUUCGGACACAAGAAAAUCACCGUCAAUGUCAUUGCUCCGGGCGGCGUCGAUACCGACAUGGCCGCCGAGGCUGGGUGGAAGUACAUCCCGGGAGCCGAUCCUUCGUGGACGGCCGACGACAUUUCCAAGUGGGUGGCCGAGCGGAAUCCUCUGCAGCGGACAGGCAAGCCUCAGGAUAUCGCUCGCGUGGUUGCUUUCCUUGCGAGUGAGGAUGGUGGCUGGAUCAACGGUCAAACGAUUACGAUCUCAGGAGGUGCUCUGGCGUAA